UACAACAGUUGCGCACGAGAGGUGCAAACGCCUCCUUGACCGAGAGCUCUCGAAAAUCAGAUUUAGCAGCCUAAAGUCUAGAAAAGUUGAGUUGGAAAAGUCGUCGAAAAUAGACACAUAUUUAUUGUUAAGAUAUUAUUCUUUCUCCUUUUUUUCUUGGACAUCAACAGAGGGUAAUUGAGGGAUCUACAGCGAGAUAAUAGAACGUUGUUAGACGCAUCUACGCAUGCGCGAACAUGACGUCAUAGAAUAAUGUACGCAUCAGAGCGCCACCUUAUAUCGUAAGUUUUCAAUUAUGCGUUGACACUCCUUAUCUACUGUCUUCCUGAUAUUGGCAUUUAAACACGGACUUAGUAUCGAUACCAAGUCCGAGAUGGCUUGAUGCAAUAGAGUUAUCAAAAACUUCAAUUUUUAAAAUUGCAUACAUACAUGCUGUUCCUAUAAACAGAAAAAUUAAAAUUUGUUCUAUCUUUCAAGAAAAAUAAAACAAAAGCGAGACUGCAAUAAUUGGUGUUAAUAACUGGUGAUGCAACAGAAGAUACGAGUUCAGAAACAAAUAGGUACAAAUGGAACUGUCGUUCUCCCGCCGUCACGGCCUAAUGUAGACCUUCGACCAUACAGUUACUAUAUGUGCAGGUCGAAGCUGCGUAGACUGUCUAUACAGUAGACACACACUGCUGACUGCACCGGCCAUGUUUAUUUAUGUUGACGACUUGACGUGCCUAUGUACUUGCUGAAUUUUUUUCCGAGCCUAGCCCAGUCGCAGCUUCCCUAUCUGCACAUACACGUAUACACGUCGCAGCUUGGUAGGAACGAGGGACAUACUUGAACUUGGAGUCGACUCCGAAACUGGGUCGAGCAGAGAAGAGAACCUUUGCGCGUAUAUGUGUGUGUUUGUGUGUGUGGCUGCUGUGUGAUGAUGGAUAGUCGCGAUUGCAGAGAGUAGAAGAGGAGAUAAUAAUCGUCGCUGUGGAGUGUAUUAUUGGGCUCUGGUGAGGACUUUGUGAGAGGAUAGCGACUCUUCAGAGGAUCCUUGAUUCAGGUUAUAUAUGUGCAGUGGUGUAGGGGUAGAAGAUAUGAUAGAUUCCACUUGUGUGCUCAACCGUCUACAUGCAGAGGUUGUGCAAGGCAUUCUUUAAACGGUCCUUUACAUUUUUUUAGCAUUAAAUAUUGACAACAGCAGUAUGUCAAUGUCGUCCAUCGGUCCACAGAGUCCUCUUGAUAUCAAACCGGAUACUGGAUUGAUUAAUACUGGCAACUUCAGUCCGUCUGGUCCUAAUAGUCCUGGGUCUUUAAACCUUGGUUGUCCCAGCAAUAUGAUUACUACAUCUCCCGGAGGUCAAAACAAAACAAGCGCAGGCUCGCCUUAUCCUCCCAAUCAUCCACUCUCUGGCAGCAAACAUCUCUGCUCAAUCUGUGGUGAUCGUGCGAGUGGAAAGCACUACGGCGUGUAUAGUUGUGAGGGCUGCAAGGGCUUUUUCAAGCGAACUGUUCGCAAAGAUCUGACAUAUGCCUGCAGAGAAGAGAAACACUGUCUAAUUGAUAAGCGACAGCGAAACCGCUGCCAGUAUUGCCGUUAUCAGAAAUGUUUGACGAUGGGAAUGAAGCGCGAAGCCGUGCAGGAAGAACGCCAACGUACCAAGGAGCGGGAGCGCGAAGCUGCGGGCGGUGGUGGAGCUGCUGGCUCCGAAGCCGUCGAGAGCUCCACCAGCAGCUCGCACGCUGACAUGCCCGUCGAGCUGAUUCUCGAAGCGGAGAAACGAUUCGAGUAUCUUGCCGAAAAUCAAGCGUCCUACGAGCAAUUCGACAAUCACAAUAACAAACAGAUGCGUUACAUGGUCGAGUGGGCCAAACGACUGCCACAAUUCACUUCUCUACCCCUCGAAGAUCAGGCCCGGCUGUUACGUGCCGGCUGGAACGAGCUGCAGAUCGCGGCAUUCUCGCAUCGCUCGAUCGACAUCGAAGACGGUAUCAUUCUGAUGACGGGGUUUACACUCCACAAGAACUCGGCCCAGCAGGCUGGUGUCGGCGCUAUCUUCGAGCGCGUUCUCACCGAGCUUGUGCACAAAAUGAAGAGCAUGAAGAUGGAUAAGACCGAGCUGGGCUGCUUGCGCGCUAUCAUCCUCUUCAACCCUGAGGUGCGCGGUUUGAAGGCACAUCAAGAGGUGGACAUGCUCAGGGAAAAGGUUUACGUGGCUCUCGACGAGUAUACGCGGCUCCACCGACCCGAUGAACCUGGUCGCUUUGCCAAGCUUCUUCUGAGGCUGCCGGCCCUGCGCUCCAUUGGCCUCAAGUGCACCGAGCACCUCUUCUUUUUCCGAUUGCUAGGAGACUUGCCGCUGAACGAGCUUCUCACCGAUAUGCUCGAGGCGCCUUCUGACUCCUAGUUGCUCCAUCCUCUCAACUCUUUUCUUCAUUUGUGUCUAGACUACAUGGUCAAAUCACAAUAUUCAACAAUGUUGCAUCUAAGUAAUUUUAGGCCCCUCCGCACGGAGAUUAAAAAUAGUAAUGGAUACCUCUCUAACUUGCUUAGUAAACUGAUGGGAAUCGUGUGAUAUUUAGUUAGCCAAUACCCGCGAGAUCGUGUACAGUGUCCAAAGUUUUAUCCACAGAGUUCUAAUGAUUCGCCUCUAUUCCAACCCAUUGUUAUGCAUUUAACCAAUUUCCAUAGUACUUGAUCCGUUCAUUGCGCUUUAUUAGGUGUUGCUAUGAUUUUUCUCCGUGCUUUUAACUUUAGUAAACAUUAUUAGUCAUCAGAAUGGCUUGCAAUAUUAAACUAGAAAUUUACGCUUCGAAUGUACACGAACAUACAUUCAACUUUAUUUUAUAAUUUAUUUCGGACUUUUUGAUCUUUUUUUUUAAAGAAAAAUGUUAUUUCAUUCUAUCAUUGCAAUUUGGACAUUGGAAUUUAAACAAAGUCAUAUUGUCUGUUAAAAUGCCAGAGAAACAUGUAUUUAUUGUUAAAUUUAAGUUGUUGCUAAAAAAAAUAUUAAAUCUUUUACCUUGUUACGAUAUAAAGGACCUUUGAAAAUAGGCAUAGCAGAUAAGACAGGCGGCUUAUCUCUAAUCCUCUGAAAGUGAAAGGAUUUCUAACUUAUAUAUUAUGGAAAUCGUGUGAGAAACACUAAUGACUUUUAUUACUUUCUAUUAAUAUAGAUAAUCAUGCGUUUUAUUUUAUAAUAAACUACAUUAGACUUCUUGUUUACAUCAAAUGAGACUUUAAAAUCCACUUUCUUUUAAAAUAAUCUUUUGAAUUUUAAGGUAUUCAACGUACCUAAACUGUAAAAUAAUAAUACAAACUUAAAAUAUGUUUGUUUUUUUAAUUUCAUUUAUAUAGCAUCUACCAACAUGGUAUUAUUUUUCUAAGAAAAAAUAAUACGUUAAAUAAAGGGAAUAUAGAAAAAGAUAACGCGGUAUUGAGAAAAGCAUGUAUGUACAAAUUGAGGUACAAAUUUAAAAAAUCGAGGAUUCAAGGAAAGAUUAUGAGUGUUAUCGUUCAAACUAAAUAUUAUAUUCAAAAUAGCAAUGAAUAAAUUGUAAAAUGUACAAUAAAGAAAAUUAUAGAUUACAAUAAAAACCAUUUAUUAUUUCAAUUGCCAAUAAAUGACUAUUUAAUCGAAAUAUUAAUAAUUUAUUUUUCGUUAACGUUAAAUCAUUUUACUUUCUACAAAUUGGAAUAGUAUCAUUUUUUUAAGGAUCAACUUUAAAUGGUUUAAAUUUAGGUAAAAUAAUAAAGGAUCUUUUUGAACUAAAAAUCAAUUUAAUUAGCAAAUAUAUUUUGAAAAAAAAAACCAAUAUCGGUUGCAAUCACAAAAUUGUCAUUUUUUGUUGUAUUUUAGACUGAUUCAAUUCAAUUAAAAAACAAAUAAGUAGUUAUUAUUUUUAUUUCCAUAGCUAUUGACAGCAUGGCAGAUUUGUCUUGAUCAUUUAUUCUUGUCCCAUCUUCCUUUUCUCAUUGUUUAAUAUUGAGUGACAAAUUGUUUGAGCCUUUAGUUAUUACACAACUGUAGAGCACAAUUUUCAUAAAAAGCUGGACAUUGAUUUUCACAUUCUACUUGUGCAUCAACAUUAUUUACAAUACCAUCGACUUUCAUAAAAAUAUUGAUAACAUUAAAAAAUAAA